CACUGCCUGGCGUCACAAGUCACUUUGAAAAAAGAUGCGAUUAAACCGUUCCCGGGUUUCCUCCUGUGAGGGGCCUUUCCCAGACGGCUCUGUUUAUCCAAUCAGUCCUGGGGUGGACUUUUUCUUUUAUAUAUAACUGAAAGGUUUCUCUUACCCCUAUCGUUGAGGAGAUUAAAGAAAAAAAAAAGUAACUUACCGGAUGGCAGGGGCCAGGGAGAAGCUGAUUUGGGAAGAUACGGCCCGGCUGGGACUCGGCCCCGCGGGCUGGGACAGUUCUCCCCGGUACUGACUCCUGCUCCCGGUAGAAACAAGUGUGUUAGGCAGAGGGUGGCUUGGCACGCGUUUGUGUGUGCGCGCGGGGUUUGAGCGUGCAUGAAUGUGCUAAUAUGCGUGUGCACGCGCGUGUGCAGAGGCAAUGGUGUUGGGGAGGCUGUCGCAGGCUGCUUUGUGGAGCCACUUGCCGGUUCAGAACCAGCUUGGCGCCUCCCUUUGCUGGUUCCAGGAAGACACCUGGUUCUUCUGCACAGUCCGUACCUCUCUGUCCCCUGCCGCCCCUCGACUUUCCUCGGGGGCCGCUCUGCGCCAGCCUUCGGGUGCCGGCAACCACGCCCCCGAGGUCCCGCGCAGGUGAACGCGGCAGCACCGGCGCGGGCGCUCACGGAGAGCGGAAGGGCCGAGCAGGAAGGGGCGUGCUGCCCUUUGCGGCUGGCGCUGGGAGCAGCCUGGUCUGCAGCAUUGUUACCUGCGGCAGCGGCCGCGCCCCGCCCCGCGCCGCCCUGCCCCCUCGCGGUCCCGAGCUGACGAGGCUGCAGCAGCGGGGAGGAGGCGGCGGCGCCGGGAGGCUGCGGACGGGUAGGAGAGGAGCGCGCGCGGGGAGCACCGGCCGCGGGUUUGGAAGAGGACACACCACCCCGCUGCCUUUUCUCUGGCGGCCUACUAGCAGAUGGAAAAGCAUGGCACUAGUUUGAUGGCUGUGUCUGCUUCCCCAGGGGCAAGAAACUGCCUCCUGAGAAGGCGGCGGUGCUAUGCAUGUUAUGAACUGUGUCUCCUUGGUCAGCGAUAAAGGCAAUGGGAACACCGCCAUGGCAGCCGGCUUCAUGACUGCGCAGGCACCGCCCCCGCCGCCUCCCCCGCCACCGCCGCUGGGUCCCUACUCGGGGGAGGGGCUUCCCCCCUCCCCACCCCCUCCCCCUCCGCUGCCAGGGGGACCUCCGGGGCCCCCACCUCCUCCGGGACUACCCCCAAACUCUCACCUGAACGGCUACAACCAGCUUGGUAAGAAAAAGCGGAUGAGAAGCUUUUAUUGGAAAACCAUUCCAGAAGAGCAAGUUCGGGGCAAAACCAACAUCUGGACCUUGGCAGCCAGCCAGCAGCAUCGCUACCAGAUCGACACCAAGACCGUGGAGGAGCUGUUUGGGCAGCAGGAAGAUGCCACCAUGGCUCCCCCUUCCAGGAGGGGAGGCUCUUUACACUCGUCCUCCAGGGAGGCCAGAGAAGAGAUUACUCUCUUGGAUGCAAAACGGAGCAUGAACAUUGGGAUAUUUCUUAAGCAGUUUAAGAAGUCUCCUCCAUCCAUCGUGGAAGAUAUCCAUCAAGGAAAGAGUGAACACUAUGGAUCAGAGACAUUGCGAGAAUUUCUUAAGCUUUUGCCAGAGUCAGAGGAGAUAAAGAAACUAAAGGCAUUCAGUGGAGACGUGGCCAAGCUGUCCCUGGCAGACUCCUUUCUGCAUUGCUUAAUCCAGGUGCCAAAUUAUUCUCUGCGGAUUGAAGCCAUGGUGCUAAAGAAGGAAUUUUUGCCUUCUUGUUCUUCUCUAUACACAGAUAUGACGAUUCUAAGGAACGCUACAAAAGAGCUGAUGUCGUGUGAGGAAUUACAUUCCAUAUUACACUUGGUGCUACAAGCAGGGAAUAUCAUGAACGCAGGAGGGUAUGCUGGCAAUGCGGUAGGAUUUAAACUGUCUUCUUUGCUCAAAUUGGCAGACACAAAAGCAAACAAACCUGGGAUGAAUCUCCUGCACUUUGUUGCACAGGAAGCCCAAAAGAAAGAUGUUGUGCUUCUAAAUUUUUCUGAAAAAUUGCUUCAUGUUCAGGAGGCUGCCAGAUUAUCUCUGGAUAACACGGAGGCGGAGCUGCACUCGCUCUUUGUCAGGACGAAGUCUCUCAAGGAGAACAUCCAGCGGGAUCGAGAGCUGUGUCAGCAGAUGGAAGAUUUCCUUCAGUUUGCCCUGGAAAAGCUGGCAGAGCUGGAGCGAUGGAAGCGAGAGCUCCAGGACGAGGCCCACACCCUCAUCGACUUCUUCUGUGAAGACAAGGACACCGUGAAGCUGGACGAGUGCCUGCAGAUAUUCAGAGACUUCUGCAUCAGAUUCAACAAAGCGGUGAAGGACAACCACGAACGCCAGGUGCAGGAGCUGAGGCAGCUGCAGCGGCUCAAGGAGCUGGAGCAGAAGCGGCGAUCCUGGACGGCGGGGGAGUUUGGAUUCGGCCGGAGCAGCAGUGAGAACGACGUGGAGCUGCUGACCAAGAGGGGCGCAGAGGACCUGCCCCCUUUUCUCUGCUGCAGGCCCGCCAGCCCCUCCUACCGGCCCCCCACCACCCGCCGCUCCCGCCUCUCCCUGGACACCAUGGCCGACCGGGAGCUGCUUAGCUUCCUGGAGAGAUCCACGGGCAGCCCCGAGGAACUCAAGCCCAGCAACUCAUCCCGGGGCUGCCUCUGGCAGGUCCCACCUGAUGGAGCCUGCAGAGAGCCUGGAGAACCGAGGGGCCAGGACUCCAGCCUAGCGCACAGACCUCGGGCCUUGGAGGGCCAGGAGGAAGCCCUCCACCCCGCCACAGCUUGGGCGAGCUGGCUCCCUGCAGCCCACCCCGAGGAUCCCGCCUGCACUUUACGCCACCCUAGGCGCAGUGGGGUCAGCACCCUCCGAAAAAGGAACAGCGCACCGGUGGGCCUGGAUCCUGUGCGGUCCUCGCCCCCACUCUCACCGUUGGCUCUAGGGAUUAGGGAGCAUGAGCUGGUGACCGGGCUGGCCCAGUUCAACCUCCAGGCUCCCAAGGGCCCGGAGGAGCCGGCCCGGCUGACCGGGAAUGACUGCAGCCCAAUGGAGCUGGUGUCCGUGGGGGAUGCGAGCCCACAGUCCCUGGGCGCCCCCAACAGCAGCCCGACGACGCCCGUGGGCAGAGGUGCGCGAGUGGCUCCCAGCCCCGUCCCGCAGGAUGGCGAGGCUGCCCCUUAUGAGCCCAGAAGCGCAGCUCAGCUCUCUGAGGGGAGCAGCGACCCCGGGAGCCAAGACCCUGAGCCUCUGUUCUGCAUCUCGGACACCAGCGACUGCUCGCUGACCCUGGACUGCUCUGAGGGAGCCAACUCCAGACCCUUAGAGGGGGACCCGGGCCAGGCAGGCGAUGGGGAGGGCUCCGCGUCCCCCGGGGCCUGGGAGAUGGGCGGCAGUCAGGCCGCCUCCAAGCCCAUCUGCAGCCCGACUGCGGGGGCGCCCGCUGCGGCCUCCACCCCCGGCUCCGUCUCAGGGAAGAGCGAGCCGGAGAGCUGCAAAGGCGGCCCGCCCAGGGACAGGCCGGCCAGAGGGAGGGAGGCGACGGCCCUCAGGAGGAGCUCCCCCAGAGAGGCUCCGCCGUUGGCGGCGCCGCUCCGGGCCGGGGCCGCCCGGCGGAGCGCAGGGCCGCUGGGGCCCGUGCGGCCGGCGGGGCCGGUGCGGCCGGUGAGGACGCUGACCAGCUGCGAGGACGAGAGCAUGCGCAGGGUCGUGCCCAUCUCGCGCGCCGGCCGCGCGCCCCCGGCAGCCAAGGGCAGCCCCCGCGAGGCCCCCGGCGGGCCCGCCCCGCCGCCGCCGCCGCUGGCGCGCCGCAGCUCCACGCGGGGGACCGCGGACGCGUCGCCUGCGAGGCCCGCGACGGCGCCGGCGGCCCGGCCCGGGCGGGAGCCCCCGUCCCUGCUCCGGAGCUCCUUCAGGAAGCCCAGCGCCAAGCCCGUGCGCAACGUGCCGCGGCCCAAGCCCGAGGAGGACAAGGCGUGCCGCGCGGGCGCCCAGGGCCCCGACGGCCCCGGAGAGCCGCCCCGCGCCGCUCCGGCCGCCAGCGUGCCCCGGGGCCCGGCCCCGGUCCCCAGCUUCGCGCGCAACACGGUCGCCUCCUCGUCUCGCAGCCAGAGGCUGGACUCCCCCGCCCCGGCCACAGCCCCCGGCCUCACCCGCACCACGUCGCAGCGGCAGCUGAGAGUGAAGGGCGGCCCCGAGGGCGCCGCCCCCAAGGACAGCAGCGCCCUCCGGCGGGCCGGCAGCGCCCGCACCCUGCGGAAGGGGUCCGAGUCGGCCGAGGGCCCCGGGGCCGGCGCCGAGAGCCCGCCGAAGGGCCGGCUGAAGGAGGCCGGCCGCGCGGCGCCGGGGCGGGGGCUUCACCCCUCACGCAAGUGAGGGGCGUCCGCCCUCCCCGCUUGCCUUCUGGGGUUCGGAUGGUGAGGACUGACGUGCGGAAGGCCGACCCUGAAUGUCUGUUCCACAUAGAACCCCUCGCUGGGGCCGCCUGCCAAUGCCCCUGAAGGUGUGGCCUGCUGGACCCACAUCCCCGCUGGACCGAUCGGCCCCGGAGGUGGGCCCGGUGAGCCCCGUCCUCCAAACACAGAGCGGUGAACGACUCAGACAAGGUCGCUGUCUGACUCAGCAUCUUAGGUGACCAGUAACAAGAUUUGGGGGCCAGUUUUUAUAUACCAGUGACACUUUUUACUAUUAUAAAAAUUAAACGUUGUUUUAGUUGGCUCCUUUCACAGAGUGAAAUGCCUCCCAGGGGGAAAAUGAUGAAGGUAUUUUUUAUCUUCCUAGUUCCCUGGCCUCAGGGUUCCUCCUGCCCAUGCUGCGCAGCUGGCAACUGGACUUCCACCGCAAAGCCUUUGGGUGUCCUGUGGUUGGCACCGUCUUCCUGAGGACUCUCCCUUGCUCAUCCACCUGCUCAUCACCUUUGGUGAGGUGAACAGGAGGGAAAGCGAAACUGGUGGACAGAAAUCCAGUGCUCCGCGUGUAUUGGGGCUGUGGGGCAAGCCUCCUCUGUAGACGGGCGGCGGCCCCUGGGAGAACGCUGGAGCUUCCAGAAUUUAAAGGUGCCAUAUUUUGAUGGAAGGUCAUCAGGGACUGUUCAGCUGAGCACAACUUUCCCGUUCUCCGUUUUCUCAUUUGAGUAUUUGUAACACUGAGCGAAGGCUGCUAUGACUUGUGUUCACUCUAGUUCCUCCAGGGAGGAAUAAACCCAGACUUUCUCCUUUGCUAAUGUGACCUGGAGCCUGGAGAGAAAGAUUCACUUUCUCUCUCCAUGAUAUUUUUAAAUGUUGAUGUCUGUCCUUUGGUACAGUGGUUUUAAAUCCUGAGAAAAACCAGGUCAAGUCUGUAAAACCAGACCAAAAUUGAAAUUGCUUUAAGAAGACUUUAUAUUAUCAGGAAAAUUUUGAAGGAAAAAAAAAAAAGUAAGGCUUCAUUCAAAAGAGGAAAACAUACUACUCAGUUCCAAUUUCACUGUUUCCGUCCCAACUAGCUAAUUGGGAAGUGGGGGGAUUCUUGAAACCUUUUUGUUAUUUAAAAAUUGCCCCUCCUCCCAUUUUUUUCACUCUUGAUCACUUAUUAGUGAAAGUUUGUUUUAGAUCUGACAGCGGGACAAGGGUUUAGGCAAAUAUGGUUUGUAUUCCUUGUGAAUCCAUGCGGUUGAUACUACAGUCCCCCUCCUGUAGAAUGUUGCCCCCCAUCCAAAUUAACUGGAAACUCUGAGGUUCCAUAAGUCAGCUAAACUGAAAAGGAAAACAAGGCGCCUAACCACAAAACCUCUUAUAAAACUAGCCCUGAGCAGUAUUUCCAGGGCUCCACAAAGAUGGUUGUGAGAAUCCUGAGCCAUUUUUCGUCAUCUCAAAAAGCCUUUAAAAAAAAAUCAUGUAUUUAACCAUGCAGACAGAACUGUUUGAAACCUAGGGCCUGUGGAAGAGGUCAAAGUUUGUGGGUUUGUGGGUAGUGUCAGGGUGUGGCCCCUUGGAGAACCCUGGAAAGCAGGGUCCAAAUCCCUGUUCCCUCACUGAUGCUGUGAGGCAAGUCAGCCCCUCUCCUUAAGCCUCUGUUUCCCAGUCUGCAUAAGUGGGGGCAUGGCCUCUGCUGUGGUCUUCAAGGGUCCUGCUAACACCCAGAGUCCAAGUCAUCGUGAAUAGCCAAGAACCCAUCUCUGCCCUGGCAUCAGCUUCCAGAACUAAACUCCAGCAUUUCCACGGUGGAGGUCUCACAUAAAGGCUCGCUUGGAAGAAAGCACCUUCAGAAUGAGUUGUUGGUUUGAAAUCUAAUAAGCUGAGUUUCCUGAGAAGUGGUGUUUUGCUUAGCCCUGUGGACCAAUUGUAUGCAUCUGUGUGAGCGGGUGAUCAUUCUGUUACCUUUUAUUGGUAAUAAGUUUGGAAAAUAAUUUAAAUAUAUAAUGCAGAAAUGUAAAUAAGUUUAUAUAUAAAUUUUAAGAUGAACUGAAUGUAUUUAAAGGUCCAUUUAUAUGUUUGUUCUUUUAUGUAAUGUGUAGUUUAAUAAAGUUCAUGUUUAUGAGA